AUGGGCUUCCUCAAUGUUCUCACGCCAGCGGCUUUGAUUACUUCUGUGUUAGUCCUGCUAGCACUUUUGCAGAUCAUUGUCCUAGUCAACUUAGUCCGUCGUCUGUUUUCGAGCUAUAGGCUUCCCCAAAGCCUGCCAUGGGUAGGCGUUGGAUCACACAACGGAGCAAUAGCACGUGCCCAGGCACACCUCACCAGCUUCUUCAAACUGCAAGAUCUGCUCGACGAGGGAUAUGAGAAGUACUCGAAGAUUGAUAAACCAUACGUACUGCCCUACUUUAUCAAUGGGCCACAGGUCAUAUUACCACGUUCUCAAAUCCGGUGGUUGAUUGAGCAGUCUGAUUCGGUCUUGAGUCAGGAACAUGUCAACCGGCAGUUCCUGGAAGCAGAUCACACCUUCCUGCACGCCAACCUCGUCAAAGAUCCCGUGCAUCCUGAGAUCAUCAAGCAUGAGCUCACGAAACAGAUUGGCUCAUUUACAGACGAUAUAGUCGACGAGGUCAACUCCUGUUUAGAAGACUACUGGGGAGCAGAAAGUGGGAACUGGCAGGAGGUCAAAGUAUAUGACACCAUGCUGGAUUUGAUUGCCCGCCUAUCUACUCGUGUCUUCAUAGGCCAGCCACUAUGCAACGAUCCAGACUUCUUGAAGACUUGCCGGAUAUUCAACAGAAACGUUGCUUUAUCCGCAGCGGCACUGAGCACCCUACCAAAAUUCAUGAAGCCUGUCUUUGCCCCUCUCGUUACUUGCUACGACUACUUCCAGUACCAGAAGUGUUCACGCUACAUCAUGCCCACCAUCAAAGAGCGGCUCGCACGAGCACAAGCCUCGGCGGAAAAGCUACCGCUCUUCGACGACAAACCCGCCCCGAACGACUACAUCCAGUGGGCCAUCUCGCACGCGCUCUCCAAGCCCGUGCCCAACCCGGCCGAGCUGGACCCCCGCGUCAUCGCCUGCCGCUUCUCUGUCCUCUGCUUCGCGGCCAUCCAGUCCUCGGUCAUCACGCUGACCAACUGCCUCUUCGACAUCGCCGCCUCCCCGCAUUGCUCCUCCGUCCUCGCCGCGCUGCGCGACGAGGUCCUCCGCGAGACUGAGGGCGGCGCGAGCUGGUCCAAGUCCGCCCUCGCGCGCAUGACGCACGUCGACUCGUGCCUGCGCGAGAGCCUGCGUCUGAACGGCUUCAUCGAGCGCGGCGUCAUGAAGAUGGUCAUCGCGCCCGAGGGGGUCGUCCUGCCCGACGGGUCGCACGUCCCGGCCGGCACCAAGGUCGGCGUCUCGGGCUACAGCGUGCACCAUGACUCGGAGAUCUACGGGGACGCGAUGAGUUUCGACGCCUUCCGGUUCGUAGGAGCCGGCAAGGGCGGGAAGCCGCUGGCGUUUGUCACGACGAGCGAAAGCUUCAUGGGCUUUAGUUAUGGGAGUCAUGCUUGUCCUGGGAGGUUCUUCGCCGCGAACCAACUCAAGAUCGCGCUGGCGCAUAUCGCACUAAACUAUGAGAUCGAGCCUGUAGUCAAACGGCCGAUCAACAGAUGGUUCUUCGGACACAUAGCGCCGCCGCUGCACGAAAUGCUCCGGGUCAAGCGGAGGAAGAGCUAG